GAGUAUGGCGUCCUUUCCAUCUGAUUGGUAGACUGCUGUAUCUGGGGGCGUGGUUACGUCGCGUCAAACUAUGCGUCGUGUCGGGCACUGCUAGUCUCCUCCAUGUUUCCUGGCCGAGCCUCUUGUCACUUGCUCUCGGCUGCUGUGAGGGAGUUUGACUGGCGCUUCCGCAUUACAGCUGUUUGUAGCCCCUCCCCGUUCAGAACUUCCGAAUGAGCGACUAGAACCGGAAAUUAGCCUCCUGCUUGUGCUUCUCACACCAAAAGCGCCGCUAACCAUGAUCUCCUAAGGAAUCUGAGAGCGACUCCUUUGUAUACGCGAUACCCAAUUGUUGCACGGUGUGACGGCUCCGCCGCUAAAUGAGGAGGGGAGCGAAUAGGCUGAUGAUGUAAAUCUGAGUUCCCAUCCGAUCAGUUUGAACGGUGCGGGUGCAGCUGAGCGAGCUAUGCGUUAGUGGGAGGGUCGCAGCGCCGUGUGAUAUUCCUGCUGGACACUGCCAGGCUUCCGCCCACACAGCUGCGCCACUUCUGCUGGGGAUAAGAAGGGACUGUGGGAAUCAUGGCCUGGGCACUGAAGUUACCGCUGGCAGACGAAGUGAUCGAGUCUGGAUUGGUGCAAGACUUUGAUGCCAGCUUAUCAGGGAUUGGACAAGAACUUGGGGCUGGUGCCUACAGCAUGAGCGAUGUGCUUGCCUUGCCCAUAUUCAAGCAAGAAGAAUCCAGCCUGCCAUCGGAGAAUGAGAACAAAAUUCUGCCUUUCCAGUAUGUGCUGUGCACUGCUACCUCUCCAGCUGUGAAACUUCAUGAAGAAACUCUGACCUAUCUCAAUCAAGGGCAGUCUUAUGAAAUCCGGAUGUUGGAUAACCGAAAAAUUGAAGAAUUGCCAGAAUUAAAUGGGAAGUUGGUUAAGAGUAUUUUUCGAGUGGUGUUUCAUGACCGUCGCCUACAAUACACAGAGCACCAGCAGCUAGAAGGAUGGAGGUGGAAUAGACCUGGAGACAGAAUACUGGACAUUGAUAUUCCUAUGUCUGUUGGAAUUAUUGAUCCUAGAGCUAAUCCGACCCAGCUGAAUACCGUUGAGUUCCUUUGGGACCCUGCAAAGAGGACAUCCGUGUUUAUUCAAGUUCAUUGCAUAAGCACUGAAUUCACCACGAGGAAGCAUGGAGGUGAGAAAGGUGUACCCUUCCGAAUUCAAAUCGACACAUUUAAAGAGAAUGAGAAUGGAGAGUAUACCGAACAUUUGCACUCCGCCAGCUCUCAGAUCAAAGUGUUCAAGCCAAAAGGAGCAGAUAGAAAACAGAAAACAGAUCGAGAAAAGAUGGAGAAGAGGACCCCUCAGGAAAAGGAAAAAUAUCAGCCUUCUUACGAAACAACCAUCCUCACAGAGUGCUCACCUUGGCCAGAAAUCACUUAUGUGUCAAACACUCCUUCUCCAGGAUUUAAUAGCAGUCACAACAGUUUCCCAAUUGGGGAAGGGAAUGGCUCACCAAAUCACCAGCCUGAACCUCCUGCUCCCAUUGUAGAUGUAAGUGCAGGAUUGACACCAAUUCAGAACCUCUUGCCUACAACAACCCCUCAGGAGGCACAACAGUGGCUACAUAGAAAUAGAUUUGCUGCAUUCUCGCGGCUUUUCACAAAUUUCUCAGGUGCAGAUUUAUUAAAGUUAACUAGGGAUGAUAUUAUCCAAAUCUGUGGUCCUGCUGAUGGCAUUCGUCUCUUUAAUGCCCUUAAGGGCAGAAUGGUGCGGCCAAGGCUUACCGUUUACGUGUGUCAGGAGUCCCAGCAGUUAAGGGAGCAGCAGCAACACAAACAUGAGAAUGGGGAGCCAGGAAACAGUGCUUUUUUUGUUUAUCAUGCCAUUUACUUGGAGGAAAUGACGACCAUUGAAUUAACUGAGAAGAUUGCCCAGCUCUUCAGUAUUUCUCCCCAUCAAAUCAACCAGAUCUACAAACAAGGUCCCACUGGAAUCCAUGUUCUUAUCAGCGAUGAGCUGAAAUAAAUGACAGCUAUCACAUCAUCUUAAAAUGAGGUGCGAGGUGCCAUGGAUCAGAUGAACAGAGAUGAAAUCAGGAGAAGAAGCAGAUUCCGUCUCUCUGAGCCUUUUCUGAGCUCACAAGACUUACAUGCACUAGCAACAAGACCCUAAAGAAAAAAAAAAAAAAAGUGUUUUGCCAUGUGAUGGAUUGGCAUACUGUGAUCUUUACCCACCUUCAUUUCUCACCCGGUCUGGUAAUCCUCAGCAGAGAGGCUUUUCUUGUGCCGAUUGAAAUUGGGCAUUCUAUUCUAUUUGCUCUGCUCCAUUCCAUACUGUGGGGACUAUAGAGAAUGUUCCUGCAGGCCCAAAAAGGCUUAAAAGGAAAGCAUGUUAAUCAAAUAAGAGGGUAGUUUAUUCUGCUCCCAGCUUCAUGUAAUAUGAACACAGUAUGUUUCAGACAUUGUGAAUGCAGAGAAAGUAAAAGCCUAAGCUGAGCGGCAUAUGACUGUGGGUCGUACAUUCACUGGCAUUUUCUGUUUUUUUUUUUUAUACCCGUAAAAGGCUUUUCAUAGGCUGCUGGAGGAUGUGAGGCUGGUAUUCGAAGUUCCUAAACACUGUGUAAGUGAUCAUCCAAAAAGAAAAAAAAAAUGGAAAAGGGUUUCAUUUAUAUGUAGCAUGUGUAUCUUUUGUAUGAUGCUUUUUGUGCCUCCUCCUUAUUCUUCAUCGGUUGCUGUCACUCCCCUCGCCAGAAUUUUUACUUGUCUUUGUACAUUUUUUUUUUUAAUGGAUGCCUUUUUGCAAGGUUUGUCACCUAUUAUUUUUACAUGACUUGGGGGGCAGAUGACGCUCCUUUCACUUGUAGGGUAAUUUGUUUUGCAGUUAGGGAACCUGGAAUCAGUUAGUUUAUGCAUUGCUGCAAGUGACCAGGUAAAGUAACAACGACAAAAGGAACCUCCCCCUCCCCCCCAUUUUUUAUGGUCAAAUCUAAUGUUGUAUUUGCCGCCCACCCGCAUGACUUCACACCCCUUUAUUGUUCCCCCUGUAUUACAGUUGCUUUGCUCUAUUUAUGCAGACACCUGUGGAAGUCUACAUGUUUCAUGAGAUAGAGUAACCCCCUAAUAUCACCACCCCUAAAAAAAUGUAAACAUUUGAAUCCCAAGCUACCAUUUUUAACAAUACUAUAGAUGAGAUAGUGUUUAGUUCCAGAAACCAAAUGUUAUAAUGUCCUUAAAUUCAAUUGACUCAAUAUUGUAAAUUGGCUAUAAGAAAGGGCAUAUAUUUUAUGGGUAGCUGUUUUUUCAACUAAUUUGGCAUUAUGGCGUUGUGCAGAUGUUUACUUUAAGAGAACUAUUGCCAGUAUCAUCCCCAUCCUGCAAAACUCAAAAAUUCUGUGUUUUUGUAGCAUUUAGGGGAAUAAUAGUCCAAUCAAUUAGCUGGAAUAUCUGAAAUUUGGUUUGUCAAUUGUGGGAAAUAAAAUAAAACCGUGUUCAUUCCUCAAAACUAUAAUACACCAAAUAAUGUAUUUCAUAAUAAACGGACACACAUUUUUUUUUUCUGUUUUAUAA